AUGCCAUUCCGGAAGUUGUUAAUGGUUAUCGAAGUGAUCGGAUCUUCUCGAUCUCAUGUUCGGAUGUACAUUUAUAACAUCAAGCCGGCGAAGGACACUUACUGUCCUAAUAGGGCAGAAAAUACUAUUCGAUGGAGAUUUGCUCAGGAUGGAAGUGGAAAUAUUGUCAAAGAAAGUAAUGCCAAGAUCGUGAGGUGGAGUGACGGGAGUAUGUCGAUGGUGAUCGGAAAGGAGGUGUUUGAUGUCGAAUCUGUGCCUAUACAUGGCAACAUGCAACACUUGUUUGUUCGCCAAGGGACUGGCCUUGUAGCUCAGAGGAUAUUUGACAGAAAACUUAUUUUUCGUCCUCAUUCAACUGAUAGUGAGACACAUAGAAAGGUCACUAUGAAUAUGGCAGAAAGAACCAGGAAGAGCGGUCAAGUGCGCAUGGUCGCUGAAGUUGGGUCUAAUCCUGAACAAGCUCGAAGAGAAGCGGUUCGUCGGGAGGAAGAGGCACUAAGGGCAGCUAUUCGUAAAGAGACACAGCAACGGCGAACGAAGGACCGUCAUCGCCCACUUCCAAACUAUCUCGAAGGACGAACUGAAUACUCAGAUGACGACGCAGAUAUAGCUCCGCGCGGCCGGAAGGGUCUGGAGGCUCCGUUGAUAGGGGCAAGCGAUUCCGAAGAUAGUGAUGCAGGUCGCCGUGGCACCAUGAAUGAGGCGGACGAUUCUGACGAAGAGUUCCGGAAAAAGAAGCAGCAACAGAAGAAGAAAAUCGUAACAAGCGACGAAGAAAGCAACUAA